UAUUGGAAAUUAUUUCAUUAAUAAGCUGUAUUUUUUUAUUUUGAAUGGAAGCAGUUUGUAAUUCCAACGAGCGUGUUGUCAGUUUAGUUACGAAAAUAGUUGCUCAACUUUCGCGAAAUGAGCGCGCUCAAACGGAUGAAGCAGCUGCAGUGCAGCCGUCGCCUGCUUCCAUUAUGGAGAGACGCAGAAAACUCUACGAAUCGCUACUGUCAUCUCAGAAGUUUGAACAAUGCACCGACUUAAAUUGUGCAUUGGGAAACAAUAUUGAAAAUUGUGUCCAAACCAUGUAUAUCAACCUGGAAAAGCAACAGACCGAUCGGCAACAAAAACUUACAAAGUCGGUUGGCUUAAGAAGGACAAGCAAUAUGAUGUUAGCUAAGCCUCUACGAUUGCAAUCGAGUCCUUGUUUCGAGGAGCAGUUUCCACAAUAUACUGUUAACACAGCUCCUAAGAUUUUAAGAUCAAUCGAGAAUAUGCGGGACGCGAUGAAGCCGAUUGUUUUCCGCACCUUAUCAACUGUAUAUCUAAAAGACAUUAAUGCAAUGCGCAAUGCCCACAAGAAUCAGAUCAAGUCCAGCUUAAAGUCCUCAAUACUGAAGGAUUCAAUGGCACGGAUGAAUGAAUCCAAGGGAGGAACAAGUCGUGUGAAGAUUAAUUUGCCUUUGCGUGAUAAAGACGAACCGCCUUUAAGUGAAUCCCUGGCUGAGAAAGAUUCAUCGACUGAUGUAACACUGGAGAAACAUUUUGUUUCGGAUCUACUCUUAAGCAACGAGCUCGCAUGGCACAUGGAUAAGACAUUGAAAUUAACCUUCAUUAAGCUGCCGCUUCUUAUCGAGCAUCUAAAACAGGCUGCAGCGGGUCUGCAAUCAGACACAAUUGUGUGCACGGCCGAAGGAAAUUUUAUGAUGAAGCCUCACAUAACACUAGACAUUGUUUUGCCCGAGCUGCUGGCUGAAUACGCAGACCCAUUCCUUGUCUCUGGCAGAGCCUAUCGUCGGCUCAGUGCGCGCACACAGUGUCAAUACGAAUCGAUUCGCAAUGAACGGCCUCUCAACAGAGCUUUGCGUCAGGCAAUAAUUAAUUUUAUUACGAAUAGCCGACUCUUUCUACUAUCGAUACCUGCCGAAAAUUUGGGACAGUUGCUGAGCGGCGCAGGCCCCACCAUGGAGCUAAUAAAGCAGAUGGCCCAGCUGUUUGAACUGGAGCAGAUAUGCGAUACGGAAGGAAUAGACGGCAUGUGCGCAAUGAAUCUGAUGAGCUUCGUUUGGUCGUUCAUUAAUGGGGGCAUAGAUUGCACAUUCUCACAAUUACUAAUGUACCUGUUGAGCUCGCUGUGUGAGACGUACUUCUCACAGCUGAAACGUUGGAUUUACCAAGGCGAGCUCGACGAGCCCUUCAACGAGCUCUUCAUUAAUUCUUGCACACAUAAAUUAAUGCACGAGCGCAGCAAAGAGUAUUUCGACAAGGCUUAUUAUAUACGAUCCGAUCUAGUGCCUGGGUUUCUAGUGGGCUGUGAACAGCCCAUACUUCAAUGUGGAAAAUACAACCGAUUUCUUAAGACCUAUAAUGCUCAGCAUCCAAUAUUCAGUUUAAAGUAUCCCAACUUGGUUCUCUGCCUAUCGGAGCAGCAUCUGUUAAAAAUUCGCCAGGAAUUGGAGCUGCAUUACGAUCAUAUACGUCAGAAAAUCAAACCAUUUAAGAUGCAAACCAUCCUCGAGGAUCACAUAGAGAAUAGCCAACGCUACGGUAACCGCAUGUGGGAUUGCACUCAGUCCUUUAUUGCAACUUGGAAGCAGGAACUGCUUGACCUACAAAUAGAGGCGGACAUCAAGAAAAAACGUCGCUACGAAGAGCUCAAUGAGCAGCGAGAGCAACAAGAACAAGUGCGAUUGGAACAACAGCGCUCUGAGCUGAUUCUGGAGCUAGAAUACUACGAAAAAUCUAAUAAAAUCGAAGAGCAACGUUUGCAGCAAAAGAAAAAGGAGUUGGAAGAGAAAGUUGCUGCGUUAAAGCAAAAGAUGACAGCUUCACUGGCAUCGGCUGAAGUCGCCAGCCCAGACGACAGCACAAGCAGUAGUCGCAGUUUUGUGUCGUGCGAGGAACCAGACAUAGAGAUAGUUGCGGAUAAGCGAGAAACAGCAGAGAUGGCACAGCCCAAUUCAGUUGAUCUAGCAGAGACCAAUCCAGUUGAAGUGGCAGAGCCCGAUCCAGUUGACGUGUCAGGGCCCAAAUCAGAUGAAGAAGAACCCAAUCUAGCUGAUGUGCUCAAUUCGAAUGAGACCGACAAGAGUUUGGCCCGUAAUCGUAUGCGCAACAAUUCAUCCGAACAGUUCCAGGAAUGUCAAAUGAAAGUGCAGCUGCACCAAAUAGCACACACCAGUGCAGCUUCUUACACAGACGCGGAGCUGAAUCGUUUGCGAGUUCUCAAUUGCACGGGCCAGCAACUCGGCACUAAAUUGCCGCCAGACAUGAACAUGAAUAUCGAAGAUCUCACAGACCUGCAGCGCAAUCGCUUGCGCAUGCACCAGCAUAAUAAUUUCAGUUCGCUUAACCAUGAAGACGAGCUGAAUAGCGAUUCUGAGAAGCGUCUGUUGCACUCAGACACGGAGCUGGCACGAAAUCGCCGUCGCGUGAUGGAAGGCGACUUCACAAUCAGUGGAGGCCUGGGCAACACCUUGCAUUUGCCAUUGCAGUCACAGGACCCCAGAGUGGAGUCCACAUUAGACAUUGGAACACCCAUGUCCAUUACAUCCGAUGUGGAAAUCGAUGUCCAGAUUCCAAAUGAAGUUAUUGACGCGACUAACAACAAUAACACAAAUAGCAGAAUUGUGAUCAAUGAUCAAGAAGAGAUCGAAGAGGCACCCGUAGUGACUGAGCCUGCGCCCCGAAUACUGCCUGUACCGAAAGAGAAAUCCGUUUUUAGCUUACCCAUAACACGAAGUGAUAGGGAGCAGUCACAUGCUGCGAGUCCGAUGGAAAAAAUCGGUCAUAAUCCAUUUUUAGUCAAACGAUAUAUGCAACUGUCUGUCCUGUUGCCAGUUAAAAUGCAUUUGUCGCUAUUGCGUAACGAGGUUCUGCGCAUAUUCCAUGAGCAAAGGAUUUUUGAUUAUUUUUGCGAUCUACGCAAAUAUUUCUUUUUGCUAGACGGAGAAUUUGGAACUGUGCUUAUUGGCGAAAUCCUGGGUCGCAUUGAAUCCGGCUCAGUGCCACAUAGUAUGUGCCAAAAGGGCGUCCUGGACUCCAUACUUAACAAUGCUCUCGCUAACAGAGCGAUAGAGGGGUCUGAAUCGGCCAUAGUUGCCGAUAAUUUGGCUUUGAAUUGCACGACCAUACCGGAAAGUUUUGAUCUAAUGGACAUCAAUGCUCUGUCCAUAUUCCAGCUGGAGUGCAAGGUGGAGUGGCCUUUGAAUCUGGUGCUCAGCGUAGAGACCAUGGAGAAGUAUAGGCAAAUAUUCUCUCAUUUGAUGAAGUUGCGGCAUAUCAGCUUUAUAAUGGAACGGACCUAUCAAGACUUCCAGCAAUCAUCGAGACUCUAUGGUCGGAGGCUACAACAAUCGCCGCAGUAUCGUCAUUUGCAAAUGAUUCGCCAUAAAUUAUCGCACUUCGUGUUUACGCUGCAAAAUCAUAUAGUCACAAAUGCAUUAGAGGGCACGUGGAAGACUUUUACUGAUGAUCUAAUCGCGGUAGGCUCUGUAGAGGAGCUUUACCAACGACACGUGGACUACUUAAAGGAGAUUGCAUUCUUUUCGCUACUUAAUCGUCGGAGCGUUAAAUUUCGGGAAACCAUCGAUAGUAUACUUGUGAUUGCCCUGCGUUUUUGCAAAAUUCUGAACUCGAAGUCAUUUGUUUUGGAUGAGGGUAAUCAGUUUGUUCAUCCACGUUAUAAGCGAUUGGUGUUUGAAGAAACAGAAUUUGAGAAAUUCAUUCGUUAUGCCAUCUACUUGGGAAACAAGGUUGCUGCUUCAGGAUACCAAGCUAAAAUAAUUGAUCUUAUACGUAUCAUUAAUUAUAAUAACUACUAUAAAGUAUCUAGCAAGAAUUAAAUAAAAUGU